GGUAUGCGUCAUUGCAUUUUAAAUUGUAUAAUUAUUGUGUGGAUAUGUACGAUAUAUACAUACAUGUACAACAUACUACGUAAUAACUUGAUAAUGUGUUUUCGGUUGCAUGUAAAAUACAAUUGUUUUAUCAGCGUUUAAUCAUUUUCAACUGGGAUCGUAGGAAAAUUUCACGAGAACCAGAAGUAGGGAAUAGUACGGGAGCCCGUGGAUGACACGACAGCGUGGAACAGUUUUCGCGAUUGUUGCAUGUGCAUCAUUCUUGCUACAGAUUAAAUGGUUGGAAGGUAAACAAUGUACUGCAUCAAUUCCAACUUUAAACAAUGUUGCACAGUGUCCGAAUACUGCAGAGGCGUGGCUAAAUGCAGCAAGCCGUAAACGAUGUGACGCGAUAGCAGAGACACAAACCUGUGUCUCUGACCCUGCAAAGUUUGUCUACCAUUGCUUGGUAAAUCAGUGGCUGAAUGGAACGGUGGAAGUAUGUGCUCCAAACUGGAUUUUAACAGGAUAUUGCGGAUAUUACGACACAGUGAUCGGCAAAAUUGUCAACGAUGUUAAGAAAGACUGCACACUGUUCAAUGAACCGUGCCCGACUAGAUAUAACUCCUCAGAGGCGUACAAAUACCAAGAAUGUUAUCGAGUGACAAAGAAUAGGAAUGGCUGUGGUAUUGAGAGGGAUUGUAAAAGCAGUUCAGAAGAAUCGUACUUAAAAUGGAUGAUAGUGGCUUUCCUGCUUGCCGUAGUGUUCCUCGUCGCGUGUAUUAUCACUUGCUGGAAGUCAAAGAAAUAUAAAUAUGAAGUUCGUGAGAAUUCCCAUAACGGAAUACAGUAUCAACGUGAAGAGGAGGUGACUAUUAAUAACGGAACACCAAACGGGCCUGACCAUGUUGACCGUGUGGAGGCUUUUUGUCAAGAUCCGGAGAUCAGUGAUGGGCUCGGCGAGCUGUUGAUUGGAAGAGAAAUUGACUAUCACGGAAAUCUGCCUAGGCAGACUUGUGGCAGUGGAAGCUCAUCUGUUAUACACUCAGACCUCCUUGACACGGCCACUUCAGAUGCGUUAGACACCGAUAAAGAAGAUAGGUCUUUAUCCACGAGCCUUCCUGGUGUACAAGAGACUAGAAACACCAGAAGGAAAAGAAGAAGGAAGAAGAAAAACAAGCACCAUAUAGAUGAUUUUCGCGUUAAGGGAAGUGGAAAGACGAAGUAAGAAGAGAUGACCUAAUAUACAGUUGAACUGCCUUUUCCCGAGGAGCAGGGGCGCUGAUAGCCCUCGGAGUCAACGUCCUUCUCUGGGUUUUCCAUAGGCUGAGGACAAUGGUCCAUAGUUACCACUGACUGCUGGGGGCUAUCCAAAUGUGAUACCUCCGAUUGCUGUUCAUACAUCAUUGACUCCAUAGCCUCAGUGUCAAUUGUUUCAUAAAGACGUUCUUCCGAACUUUGAGAAAGCUGACGAUCCACCGUAUCAUCCUUUGGAAAGGACAGUUGUUCUAUUUUCUGGUCAUGCCUAAGUGCCUCUACAGGAGCGUAAUACACCGGGACUAACUCUUUCACAAGUUGAUUUCCUGAACCCGCCCUUCUACAUAACUUAACUAUGAUGACUGCAACAAAAAUAAGAAGGACUGAAGUUCCAAUUAGAAUGCUGAGGAUAGCAGGACUUUUUAGUAAUGGAAUUAAUGGCAUUGCAUCUGUAUAUUCAGGUGGUCCUUUAUUGUGCAAUAGGUUUGCUGAUUGGGUAGACUGAAUUCCUGACUUGAGGAUUUCUGAAACUCUGAUUUCCUUUUUUGUAUUGUAUUUCGAAAUUCCUGUAGCGGAUACAACGUCCAAAUCUUCAUUAAGUGUCCUAGAGCGCUCUUGUGUGUGUUUCAGGAAUGGAAUGGUUUGAUAUGACGUAUUGUUUGCAGUCGUUGCUCGCUGAUCCGUUGUUUUAUAUCCCUGUAUAAUGCUAGUAUGUACCGUGUAUGGUGCUGAAAACAAAAUAGAAAAAUUAUAUGUAAUAAAUGAUUUAUUUAUUUACCUACAGAGUAUAUAUAUGAAUGUCAUUUAUAAGAAUUACAGAGUGUGCUGAA